AUGACACAGUACACUGUGGUAAGGACGCGUGCUGACGAGAAGCAGCGCGCCGCGUUAGAGCCACCAGUGACACGCGCGAAGAGCCGGCACAGCACCCGCGCGGCCUUUCACAAGGUUGUGGAGGCGUGCAGCCGACCGCAGCUGCCAAAGGCCUCGCGGUGGUGCAGCAAAGACCGGCUGCUGACCAUGACGGUUGGCGCGGGUCUCAUGGUGGGCAGUCUCCUCAUCGCCCUGCUGCUGCUGGUGGUGGUGGGGUACCGGGAAGACAGGAACGGCGCCAAUGUGGCCAGUGCGACGCAGGCGAAGAAUACCGCAUACACAGAAGAAAGAGGAUGGCAGCCGCCGUUGCGGAAAGCCCGCGCACAAGUUCGUCCCUCGGCAAACAGCGGAAUGAAACAGAAGCACUUAGAUUGGCGCGAGGUGAACCGCACGAACCCGGAACACUGGCACUUUUCAACGUCAGGCGAGCGCGCCUAGUCAGAACUCCAUAGACCUAAUUAACACUUGUACUAAUUUCCGAUGUCUCUGGGAUUAUGCUGUAGAAUUGCUAGCAUGAA